AUGCUUUUGCCUUUUUCCUUUUCCUUUUUUCUUUCUUAUACUUUCCUAUUCGUUAUUUCCUCUUCGCUUCAUUCCUUUAGUAAAUAUUUCCUUUUCUCUCUUUCCUUUUUUUUAAUUUCCGUUUCCCACUUUCCUUUUCGUUAUUUCCCUGCCUCUCUUUUCAUUUCUAUAUUUCUUUUUUCUUCUUUCCUUUUCGUAACUGCAUCUUCCCUCUUUUCAUUUCUAUAUUUCUUUUCUUUAUUUCCUUUUCCAUCUUUGUUUUUCUUCCUUCCCCUCUUUCUGUUCGAUAUUUCGUUUUCCCUUUUUUCUUUACUAUUUUCCCCACUCUCUUUCAUUUUCAUUAUAUCUUUUUCACUUAUUUGUUUUCUAUAUUUCUUUUCCUCAUUUUCUUUUUCAUUAUAUCAUUUCCCCUCUUUUUUGUUCUCUGUUUGCUAUCCCAUUCUUUCCAUUAGUAGAUUCAUAUUUUCCCUUUUUCUUUUAUUUACCACUCAUUCCUUUUCCCUGAUUCAUUUUUCAUAUUUCCUUUUCCGUAUUUCCUCUUUCCCAAUUUUCUUUUCUAUAUUUACUUCUUUCUUUUUCGCUAUUUCCUCUUCUCUCUUCUUUUAUUCUAUACACACUUUGUCCGCUUUCCUUUUCUUUAUUUCCUUUCCUGUCUUUCCUUUCCUCUAUAUCAUUUUUCUUCUUUCCAUUUCUAUAUUUCCUUUUAACUCUUUCUUUUUCAAUAUUCUCUUUUCCCUUCCUUCCUUUACUAUAAUUUCUUUCCCACUUUCCUUUUCCGUUUUCUUUUUCUAUAUUUCAAUUCCCAUCUUAUUUUUUUCGAUAUUCCCUUUUCUCUACUUCGUUUUCCGUCUUUUCUUUUGCGUUAGUUACCUUUUCCUCUUUCCUUUCGUUAUUUGCUUUUCCCUACUUCAUUUUCCCUCUUUCCUUUUCCUUUGUUCAUCUUCCCUCAUUUCUUUGCUAUAUUUCAUUUUGCCUCUUUCCUUUACUUUAUUUCCUUCUUCGUUUUUCCUAAUCGUUAUUUCUUUUCUUCUGCUUUCUUUUCUAUAUUUCCUUUUCCCUCUUUUCUUUUCAUUAUUUUCUUUUUCCCUCUUUUCUUUUCAUUAUUUCCCAUUCCCUCUUUUCUUUUCUAUAAUCCCUGUUGGUUCCCUCUUUUUCUAUAUUUAUUUAUUUCCUCUUUCCUUUUGGUUAUCUCCUUUUCCCACGUUACUUUUUCGUUAUUUUCUUUUUUCUCGUUUCUUUCCUUUAUUUUUUGAUUUCCCUUUUUCUUUUUCGUUAUUACCAAUUACCUCAUUUUGUUCUAGAUUUCCUGUUCCUUAUUUUCUUUUCGCUCUUUUCUACUCCAGGGUUCGUUUUUUUGUUUUCCCUCUUUUCUUUCUUAUAUUUCCAUUACCCUCUUUCCUAUUUCCCUCUUUCGCAAUUCCCUUUCUCCAAAUGAUCUUUCCACCUUUCUUAUCUAUUUCUCUCGCUCAUUAUUUAUAUGAACUUGUUCUCUUUUCAUUCUUUCUUUUCUUUCCUUCCAUUCCUUAA